GCGUGUAGACGCUGAUUGGGCCGCCAGCCGCGGGACCAUGAGAGGCAGGCGCCGAUUGGUGGAGCCGGCUGGCGCCGCACGCGGGCGCAGACGCUGCUUGUUGUUGUUGUGAGUCGGGAUCGGUCGGAGUGAGGAGCGGGUCGGUGGCCACUGAGAUCCUGCUCCAGCAUGUCUUUGAAUCCUCCCACCAGCAAUGAUGCAUGUCUGAGCAUCGUGCACAGCCUGAUGUGCCAUCGGCAGGGCGGGGAGAACGAGAGCUUUGCCAAGCGCGCCAUUGAGAGUUUGGUGAAGAAGCUGAAGGAGAAGAAAGACGAACUGGACUCGCUGAUUACAGCCAUCACAACCAACGGAGCACAUCCCAGCAAAUGUGUCACGAUCCAGAGAACCCUGGACGGCCGGCUGCAGGUCGCUGGCAGGAAAGGCUUUCCUCACGUGAUCUACGCACGCCUCUGGCGGUGGCCAGACUUGCACAAGAACGAGCUGAAGCACGCCAAGUUCUGUCAGUUUGCUUUUGAUUUGAAAUACGAUAGCGUCUGUGUCAACCCCUACCACUACGAAAGGGUUGUGUCGCCUGGGAUUGGUCUCAGCCUCCAGAAUACAGCCCCACCCAGCCGGUUGGUGAAGGAUGAGUUUGUCCAUGAAUGUGUGCAGCUGGAUGGACCGCAGGUCAUGUCUCACCCUGAGGAACAUGGACUUCCACCGGUCAAGCAUCCGCCGGGUGCACUGCCACCAUCCGAAACCUACGCCCAGCCUCUCCCGCCACCAAUACUUCCUUUACCAGAGACGUCCAGAUCAACUGUGCACAGCUAUCCGAACAUUCCCAUAUCGCCUCCUCCAGCCAACAGUUCGCUCCUCAACAUGAACCACAGUGAAGGCUUGCUGCAGAUUGCUCCACCACUACAACAGAUCGCACCUCCCCCGACACCCCCCACUACGGCUGCCCCUCAUCCAUCUCAGCAGAACGGAUUCCCCGCACUGAAACAGCCGUACCACAAUACAACAGCCACGUGGACAGGCAGCAGCACGGCUGCCUACACCCCGAAUAUCGGGCCCCAGCAAAACGGACAUGGGCAGCACCAGCCAUCGCUUCAUCACCCAAGCCAUUACUGUCAGACGUCACAGCCAGGGGUGAUGCCGUUUCUGCUGCGACACGCUGCCUCGACUGCACAGACGCACACAGCACAUAAUGGGUCUUCGCAUCACAAUGGGACAUCCUAUCAGCAACCCAUUUCCAACCAUCCAGGCCCUGAGUUCUGGUGUUCAAUCACCUACUUUGAGAUGGAUGUGCAGGUGGGGGAGAUGUUCAAAGUUCCCUCCAGCUGCCCGGUGGUGACGGUCGACGGCUAUGUGGACCCAUCAGGAGGAGAUCGCUUCUGCCUCGGCCAGCUUUCAAACGUACAUAGGACUGACACCAGUGAGAAGGCCAGGCUGCACAUUGGUAAAGGAGUCCAGCUGGAGUGUCGGGGCGAGGGUGAUGUUUGGAUGCGAUGCCUGAGUGACCACGCUGUAUUUGUGCAAAGCUACUAUUUGGAUCGAGAGGCGGGGCGGGCACCCGGAGACGCUGUGCAUAAAAUCUAUCCUGGCGCGUACAUCAAGGUGUUUGACUUGCGUCAGUGUCACCGGCAGAUGCAGCAGCAAGCGGCCACGGCGCAGGCGGCCGCCGCUGCACAGGCUGCGGCUGUAGCUGGUAACAUCCCAGGGCCCGGAUCCGUGGGAGGAAUCGCCCCUGCUGUCAGUCUCUCAGCAGCCGCGGGCAUUGGCGUCGAUGACCUGAGGCGUCUCUGCAUUCUGCGGCUAAGCUUCGUCAAGGGCUGGGGUCCAGACUACCCACGGCAGAGCAUCAAACAGACUCCCUGCUGGAUCGAGGUGCACCUCCACCGCGCCCUGCAGCUCCUCGACGAGGUCCUACACACCAUGCCCGUCACCGACCCAGGAUCUGUCAACUGACUCUGACCACCCACCCCGCACUCUGUACACUACUCGCUCAAAGCCAGACGUCUGAUGCAAUAUAACUUUAUUUUUAUAUGUUUUAUCUUAUUUCUUAUUUACUAUGUCACACUACAUCCAUGAACUGAGGGGACUCUCCUCCCUAAUACCUGCAAGAUUUAUUUAUUCGGUCUUUCUGAUUUGAACUCAGUAAAAUAUCAUUUUGCAGUGGGACACUGGAGCAAGAACUCUCUCCUUUUCCAGACUUCCUGUGUAACCAGGGCAAGAAACAUCAAACAUCGAUUUUCAUUGGUGUAAUAGAUGCUGUGGUUUUAUAUAUAUAUAUAAUUAUUUUCCCCUUAGUUAUGCUGAAGGGGAUUUUUAAGACCUCUUUGUUCUUUUAUGAAAUGUCACUUUAAAUGUGCAACUUUUCCUGUUCUUGAGAUGAGACUUCAAAACCAUCUGUUUUUAAAAAUGUCCAAUAAGAUCGUCUGUUAUCCUU